GUUCAAAACAAUACUUGAAGUUCCGCCUUGUGAGUCCGGCGCCGUGUCCUCAUGAAGAUGUCUCAAAACACCCCCGACAAAGACGACCAAACGUCAACUAACAAAAAAAUCAUCUCCCUCCCAAUUUCCAGAGUGAGGCUGAUCAUGAAGAGCUCCCCGGAUGUCUCCAGCAUCAACCAGGACGCUCUGUUUCUCACCACCAAGGCGACAGAGCUGUUUGUCCAGCACCUGGCUCUGGCUUCAUUCAACAACGGCUCCGGCAAAGAGAGCAACUCUCUGUCAUACAGCGACCUGGCUAACACCGCAGAGGAGACCGAGACUUUCCACUUUCUGACAGAUAUCCUUCCGAAAAAGAUCUUGGCUCGAGAUUACCUCCAAUCUUUGGAGCAAAUGCAAGAAGACGACGCUGACUUUUAAAAAGGACGCUGGGUAAAUUUCACGUCUGGACAGAUGUUAUGAAAUGUGAACGUCCUGUCGUUCAUUGGGAGCACUGGCAGACGAGACACCCUAAACUUUCUCAGUGAUGUUAAAUACAUUGACAGAGUCCAGCUUUAGGCUUCAGGGAAGACGUUAGAGGACAUGGAACUGAAGGUUAAGUCAGGUAGUGAAAUCACGUGAUAACCUCAAAACACACGAACACACAGAGUCGUAGAGGAACAUGAAAUGUGCACAGCGUGUCUCAGAUGAAUAAAUAUAAUCUUAAUUUGCAACAAAAGGCCAAAACAAAGCAGCCUUAUACGAAUCAUAAUGCAACAACCCUCAAGAUUUUGAACAUUUUAGUUUUUCAGGAACAAUUUUGCAUUCAGCCUGUAUUCUUAGACUAUCUUUGAAUGUUUUCUAGUAUAGAGCUGCGAUGAUAAGUCAGUUGAUAAGACGAUCAAAAGAAAAUUAAUUGCCAACCAUUUUGAUCAAUAUUUUAAUCAAUUAAUAGUUUCAGUCUUUUUUCAAGCAAAAAUGUCAAACACUUGCUGAUUCUAGCUUCAAAAAUGUGAGAAUGUCCUGCUUUUCUUUGUCUCUUGAGAGAGUAACUAAUGUAUGAUGUAGUUAAUCUACGGUAGUCUUUGGAUUGUGGACUGUUGGUUGGACAAAAGAAGCUAUUUGAAGAUCUCACUUCGCGCUCUGUCAUUUCUCGCAUUUUUUUUGACACUUUAUAGACUAAACAAUCCAUCGAUAAUGAAAAUAAUUGUUGCAGUUCUAUUCUAAUAGCAAUGUCUUAUGAAUUUUGUGCUGGUUUUGCAUGCACAACAAUCAGGAGGAGUUUUUUUCUUUCAGCUUGCAGGCCUGUAUGUGCUUACUCCAAGACCAACAUAACACACAGCUGCCGCACAGAUGUCUCAGCUCCUGAGUUAUUGCCUGUAAAAUAUGAUUGGGUGAACAUUUUAUUUUAGAGAUGCUGCCAAACAUUGAUGUCAAAGUGAAACAUGGUGAUGUUACUGAUUCUAAGUUAUACGUGAUAGUUAUUUUUGGUCAUGUUUAAGUAGUUUAUCAUAAAUACUUGAAAGUUGUUGAAUCAGAAGUACAAAUACCUCUUUUUUUCCAGCUUAAAUGCAAAGCAACUGAACAUGCUGUGUCUUUCCAAAUGAAAAAAUUCACACUCAGCCUGGUAGGUGUGAAUAUUUAAAGUGUAUAUAGCAGCUGACCACCUACAUAUACAAUGCAUUUUCCUCAUAAAUUUACAACUGAAUUGUUUAGAUUUGAUAUUAAAAUAAAGAUUCGUGCUGUUUGAUAA